AUGAAUCAGGAAUUCCCUAAUAGUAUCAGUUUUGAGAAUGAAAAAGGUGUAAUUAUGAAUCAAGCUGUAAAGUAUGAAUGGAAGCCUAUUUCCUAUGAAGGAUGCAAAGGAAUAGGUCAUACUCAGGUGAAUUGUAAGAAUGGGCUAAAGGUCCAGGUACAAAGAAAAUGGAGACCUAAACAACCAGUAGAAAAAGUUGAUGCAGAUGGGUUUCAAAAGGCUCAGAAACAGACUCAGGGUCCCCAGAAGAGACCAGAACCUAUCAUCACAUGCAACUCUUUUGAUGUAUUGGUAGAAGAAGAAGAGGAACAGGAGGUUGUUGAAGGCAAAGGGUCCAAUGUAGAUAAGGUCCAUUAUGGGUGGUGCAUCACAACUAACAACCAAUGGCAUGGCAAUGGCAGAAUAAUUCUAGGUUGGCAUCCUAGUGCUUUCAAUGUGAAUAUCCUUAGGUGUACUAGUCAGUUGAUACACACUAAGGUUGAAGUGAUUAAUGGGGGAAAAAGGUUUCAGUGUACAUUUGUAUAUGGCUUGAAUGAUAGGUUAGGCAGGAGGGAUUUAUGGAGUGAUCUAGUAAGUUGUACUAAGAUUGAUUCUCACUGGAUCAUCUUAGGAGAUUUCAACGCUCUUAUGAACAUUGAAGAUAGAAUAGGUCAGCCUGUCAGAGAAAGAGAAAUUGAGGAUAUGAAGAGGUGUAUGCAAAGGUGCCACAUGACUGAAGUGAAAGCAAGUGGGCAGUUCUAUACCAGGAAUAACAAACAAGAAGGGAUUGAUAGAGUUUUGUACAAAUUAGAUAGGGUGCUAGGGAAUGAAGAGUGGGUUAAUGAAUGGUGUUAUACUGACGUAAUGAUUUAUUCUGAGGGUGCAUAUGAUCACUGCCCUUUGGUACUUAAAUCAUUUGUCAAUGAAGUGAAGAAAAAGCCUUUUAGGUUUUUUAACAUGUGGUGCCAAGCUGAGGAUUUCUCUAGCUUAGUGAUUCAUGGAUGGCAACAGACUGUGGUUGGGACUAAGAUGUUUCAAAUUGUUAGCAAAUUAAAUCUCUUGAAGAAAGAGUUUAAAAAGCUUAACAAUAGCCAGUUUGGUGAUGUUUUCCAUCAACAUUAUCUCAAGUAUAAUACCACGAUUCAAGCCCAGAAGAAUAUGUACAGUAGGCCUGAAGAUUUGGUCCUUAGAGAUGCUGAAAAGAAGGCUAGAGAGGAAUACCAUGUUGCAUAUAGUAACUAUGUUCAAUUUCUAUGGCAGAAAGCCAAAAUCAGAUGGAUUCCCGAGGGGGAUGACAAUACUAAAACUUUCCACCAGAGUAUUAGAGCUAGAAGUGAUGGCAAGGUCAGGCAAGUUGAGAGUGCCAUUAUUGAGAAAGGAUGUACUCUAUCUGAUGCUCAACAAGAAAUGCUCAAUCUGGUGUUUAGUGCUGAUGACAUAAAGAAGGCCCUCUUCUCUAUUCCUGAUGAUAAGUCACCACGUAUAGAUGGAUACUCCAGCUGUUUCUUCAAGAAAAGUUGGAAUAUUCUGGGUUUGGAUAUGGUAGAAGCUAUUAAAGAAUUCUUUAGGAGUGGUAAAUUACUGAAGGAAAUCAAUGUAUCUGCCAUUACUUUGAUUCCUAAAGUUAAAUGUCCUUCAUCUGUAGGUGAUUUUAGGCCUAUAGCCUGCUGUUCAGUAAUCUAUAAGGUCAUCACCAAGGUAAUUUGCUCAAGGCUUAGUCUGGUGCUUCCAGAAGUGGUGGCUCAGAAUCAGAGUGCUUUCAUUGUUGGUAGGAAUAUUAUAAAAAAGAAAUAUGGUGCGAAGUUGAAUCCUAACCUAGAGAGCAAAACCCCUACUGAUCUUGACAGAGAAGAUUAUGACAACGUUCUUGAGGAUGUUUGCCCGAAAUUUAAGCGCAAUCGUGUUGUUGGAGCUGCAACCGCUGUUAAAUUUGACCAUAUUAGCUUGAUUGUGAACACUUCUGGACACCAAUUGAAACAGCAAUAUAGAUCAAUUCGUGAGGAUAAGUUUUUCCAAGCGUUUAAGUUUAAGUUUUACUCUUAA